AUGGAAUCUGCCAUGGCUGCGGUGGACCUCGGCCGAUACCGCCGUAUCGUCCAGAUCUUCUGGGAUCCGGAGCCUACCAACGACUACCAAGCCGAUCUGCCCGUCUGGUGUCUUGGGCGGUCAUAUACUUUGAAUACCAAAACUGCCAAAAACAAGCAAGAGCAUAUUCAGACACCGCCAUCUAUCGAUACUGCCGAACAGCAGACCAAAGCUUCAAAAGCAUCGCCAGCCACGGCUGCCAAAAAUCCCGAGACACCGCCGGAGUCUGUGUCCAGCAGCUUCUCGUCGUCUCUGGCCUACGAUGACGACUACUCCGUUCAGGAUGGAGGUUGGCCUUCCGCGUUCCUAGAUGACUUCGAAUCCAAGUUCUGGAUGUCAUACCGUUCAGAAUUUCAGCUUAUAGCCAAGUCCACCGACCCUCGAGCUUCCUCAGCGCUGUCCUUAUCGAUGCGAAUCAAAAGCCAGUUGGUAGACCAGGGCGGCUUCGCAUCCGACAGCGGCUGGGGCUGCAUGAUCCGAUCUGGCCAAAUGCUGCUGGCAAACGCGAUAGCUGUCACCGAUCUCGGCCGAGACUGGCGACGGGGUGACACGCCGGAGAAGGAGCGUAGGCUUAUUUCCUUGUUUGCGGACGACCCGAGAGCACCUUUCUCGAUCCACCAGUUUGUUCAACAUGGCGCAGUGGCGUGUGGAAAAUACCCUGGUGAAUGGUUUGGUCCAUCUGCGACAGCCCGUUGCAUCCAAUCUCUGGUGAAUGCCCAAGAACAGCCUCUCAGGGUCUACUCAACGGGCGAUGGCCCAGACGUUUAUGAGGAUAACUUUAUGAAGAUUGCUAAAUCUAAUGGUUCUCAAUUUCACCCAACUCUCAUCCUAGUUGGGACGAGGUUGGGAAUCGACAAGAUCACCCCUGUCUACUGGGAUGCUCUUAUUGCUGCUCUCCAAAUGCCACAAUCUGUGGGAAUUGCAGGCGGCCGACCUUCGGCAUCACACUACUUUGUAGGGGCACAAGGCUCCUACUUGUUUUACCUCGACCCGCAUCACACAAGACCAGCUCUUCCCUACUAUGCGAACCUUUCAAAAUAUGACCAUACGGACGUUGACACCGUGCAUACUCGACGACUGCGGAGACUCCACGUCAGAGAAAUGGAUCCCAGUAUGCUCAUCGGAUUUCUGAUCAAGGAUGAAGACGAUUGGGCCGAGUGGCGUCGCAAUGUCAAGCAUGUUCAGGGCAAGGCUGUGAUUCAUGUCGCUGACCAUGAUCCCAUGGCCCAUGGCGCCGGCGAGAGGGAUAGUGCCAUCGACGAAGUGGAAACCCUCAGUGAUGACGACGAUACCGUUUUGAAUGCUUGA